AGAUGACGUUCACGUUCUCUGUCGCCGCCGCCGCCGCCGUCGCAGAUGCGCAAUCGCCACCGAUUGAUUCGCGUCGCCGUCCCCAAAACGUCGCGUACUCGUGUGAGGCGACCCGAAAGGGUCUAUUCAGCGAAACAAUGAAGACUUUAUUCCUGUUUGUCGGUUUGCUGUUCAGCGUCUACGGGUAUAUACCUGUUGAAAAAGAUCAUUACUUCCCGGAUUUGUUACGCGAUGUGGUCAACCGCAUGUCGAAAGAUUUCGACUCGUCGUACAUGGAUUUUCCUGACGCCCGCCUCCCACUUGACGCUCGCUCUCUGAACAAGGACCUAGAAGAAGAACAGCUCUAUCCGUUGGACUAUGAUUCGCUUAGUGAAGGGCAACUGCAUCCGAGCCUGCGUGAUAGUGAAUUUCUGCAGCAUAGUUCGCUGUGGGGUAGUCAGUAUAUGUCAGGGGGCGCUGGCGAGGGUGAGCAGCGCUUACAACCGGAGGGUUUGUUGAAAAAUCGGCAAGAGGUGAAGACCGAUGCGGCAUUACCAGCUUAUUGCAAUCCGCCCAAUCCUUGCCCGAUUGGAUACACAGCUGAAAAUGGAUGUUUGGAGGAAUUCAAGAACACUGCGGCUUUCAGUCGUCGUUAUCAGGCCGAACAGGAUUGCAUGUGUGACACAGAACACAUGUUCGACUGUCCUAGCCCGAUGAUCUCUCAGUUAUCCAACGGAAACAUGGAUUCGCCACUAAAUGAUUUAGAAUUCAAUCGAUUUUUCCAGCAGGCACUGCAGGAUACCUCAGGCAUACAACACAAAGGUUUAGUGGCCAAGAAGUUCAACAAUGAUAAGAAGAGCGUCAGGACAAAUCCAUUUUUGAUCGGCGAGCGUUUACCAGUUGCAGCAAAGAAAGGCUUCAACGCAAAAGAAUUUUAUUAAGCAAAACCACAUGCGAUUUGUUUUUCAAUAAUUCAAGCAUUAUUUUUGCUUAAAAAGCAAAAUUAUAAAGAAAAUGUAAAACCACCACAUCAAAAUACGUAUUUUAUUUUACUUACAACCAAAAAGACGUCAAAAUGUUAAAAACAUUACAAUUUAAUUGAAAUUUUCUCAAGCAAACCAAAAGCAAAAAAAAUUGAAAAAUAUUCUUAUUCUUGUUGACAAUAAUUGCUAAUAUUUUUAUAAUGCAAAUAGAUAAAGCCGUUAUUGUCGAUAGGAGAGAGAAAGAAACAUAAACGUAUUAACUUUAAGAAUAAACAAAAAUCUAAGCAAAACCCACGAAAGCAUGCGAAACCAUUGAAAGUAAAAAAAUCAAAAACGUCAACAAAGCUAAACUGAAUUUCCGGAAAUUGACCCUUAGCUAUGAACACGGAUUUGCGAAACGAUUUAAAUUCUUAGCAUGUAAUCUAUAUUAAAUUAAUUAACUUAUAUAUCAUAUGCUACACGUAAAGAAUAAUAUAUUCGACGUUAUCUAAAUCCAAUAUAUAUUCGAAUGUUAUGUGUCCCGAUUUAGUGCUAUAAAUGGUGCACCUCGCUUCUUAGGUCCCGAUAAUUGCAUUGAUUGCAUUACAAGUAUAUAAACGCGUUUAUUUGUUGAUAAAACGAUUGAAAAAAUCAAAAUAUUUGCUGUUGUGUGUUUGUAAUUCUAAGAAAAGCGAGGAGAAAGAAAUGUAAUCAUCACAAAGAAAACAUCCAUGAAAAGAAUUAAUUAAUUAAUUAAAUAAGAUCAACGAAGAGAAGAGAAUACCCCAUACUUUUAAUUAACUCAACAAUUCUCUGAAUAAAACAUCCGAGAAAUGACAAAGGAACAUCCUGUCGCAUCUAAAUUUAAGAAAAAACAUGAAACAAACUAGAUAUUGACGAAUUUGAUUGAAUGCGACGAGACCCCUCUGAAAUAUUAAAUAAUUAUUAACAUAUUUAAUAUUUCAGAGUGUUGACAACGGUCUGAAUAACAUAUCAUAGCUUAAAACAAGCUAAAAUAGUUUUUAAACAUCAAUCUUCUAAAAAACGUUGAAAAUGUUUUGAUUUCUUAUUGUAAAACAUUUUAAACGUUUUGAGAUUGUAUUGACAUUGAAAAUUGCAAUUUUCACUUCAUGUAAUCAAGGCCCUACUGAUUUUUCAGUCGAAACUCGAUAAACACUUUAAUUUGCAUCACCAAACAUCAAAACAAUAAAAAUUAUUGAUGUAAAAUUACAGAAAAAACUUUCAAUCAAUAUAUUGUGCGUUCCAAGAUGCAUUGGUAAUACAAACGAGUGUUUUCUGUGUUUGACGAUUGAAAAAUCAUUACGUGAAUUGAAGAUUAAUAUUUUGCAUGAAUUACUUAAUCAGUCGAAUACGUAUGACUUAACUACGAACAAAAGUAACAUCUGGAAAUGAAUUAAUCUAAUUAAAUGUAAGAUUUUUGUUAUUUUUAUCGAUAAUUUCAACUUAUCACUGUGGGUUUGUCAGACGGAUACUAAUUAUUAUGAUUAAUCAUUAGUGUGUAUAGAAAACAAAGAAGUCAUCACUCUCUGACAUGUGUUUGACGUUCGUCGAUGAUAUUUUUGCGAUCAACUCUCGAUGUCACACACUACGAUAAUGUUAAUCUAGAGGAAACAUUAUGCAACCAUCCACACUUGAGAUUAUUGAUGAUUAUGUGUAGUGUAAUAAAUUAUAAACGUAAAACACACUGGAAAUAAUAACUAAAACGUACAUCUUAUGCGUUGAAGUGGUUAACCAUUACAACUGAAGAAUUAUCUUCGAAUAAAUCAAUAUAUGAGAUUAUAUCUAUAAUAUAUAUUAUGAGAUAACGUUUAAACAAUCUGUAAUUCCGUAUGAUGUAUGUUUAAUUCAUGAAUAUGACUAUUACCUACCUGCUACGAAAGAAAACAAAGAGAUACAGUCGAAUGGUAGAUACUGAUAGAAAUUAAUUAUGAUAAUAUUAUGAGUACGCUUUGCGCAGCGAAGCACUGAUAAAACGUGCGCGCAAAGCUGCGGAGAGAGAAAUUUGUGCGUUUGAGUGCUGCUGAAGUGCAAGGAAACUCUAUAUAUGAAGCUUUUAGAUAUAUUAUAUUCAUGUGUUUACGUAAAAUAAUAAAUAAUGAUAUAAAUGCA